AAGUUUAUAGUUUAAGAAGAAUAUAUAUAUCAACUUUCGUGUUUUGAUGCAAUCCAUUAUGAUCGAAUCGAACUUUGGGCAGACAAAUCUUAAACUCAUUUCUGUGAAAUGAUGCAGGCAAGUCAGUCUCUUCGGAACAUCCAAUAAAAUUGGAACGAUAUCGAGAAGAUUAAUAAGGCCGCGCAAGAAUGACACGCACAAUCAAGAAAUAAUCCAAAAAAAAAAAAAAUGUAGGCAAGUGAUUUAGCAGAGCACUGAAUAUUCGAUUAUUAUAGCUGAGAAUCCCAAUUGAUUUCCAGCUUCUGUUCUUCUUUGUGAAACUGCAAAUGCGCUUUCUUUCAUGGCGUAAAGCCAAACACUUCACUGUUAUUAAACUCAAAUGUCGAAUCUAUUAUUCUUCAACAGCCACUUUUCCCGCCGUCUUUCAAGACAAAGUUUCCAGCCAGAAUUUUCACAUAACGCGGAAAGAAUUGUCUAAAUUGCUACACCAACGCCCACCUAAAUCUCAACUGAAGCAAAUACAUGCCCAAAUACUCACCAAAGCCCUCUCAUCAACUGCUUCUUUAGUUAAUUCUCUGAUUCACUGUUAUCUGCAUAUCAAGGAAAUUACCUCAGCAAAUUUUCUGCUUCUUCACUAUCCUCUAUCUUCACCACCCAUUCUGAUAUGGAAUCUGAUGAUCAGAGCCUAUUGCAAACUUCAAAAUUCUUCAGAAAGUUUCAGUCUUUUCCGCCAACUCUUGAAUUUAGACCACCCCAUUUGGGUUCGAGUUCUUCCGGACGAGUAUACGUUCACUUUUAUUGUUACGUCAUGUGCCCACCAAAGAUCAAUUGUACACGGAAAAAUGGUUCAUGGUCUGGUAGUGAGAUAUGGGUUGGAAUCAAACUUAUAUGUGGGGAAUUCAUUGAUUAGUAUGUAUUCGGUUUUCAAGAUUACAGAUGAUGCAUACAAAGUGUUUGACAGAAUGACUGAAAGAGAUGUGUUCUCUUGGACUAGUUUGAUAUGUGGGUAUGCAAAUAAUGGUGAGAUGUAUCAAGCGUGUGAAAUCUUUUAUGAAAUGCCAGUGCGAAAUGAUGUUUCUUGGGCUGUUAUCAUAUCGGGUUUUGCUGGAAACGGAAGGUAUAUGGAGGUACUUCUAUAUUUGAAUGAAAUGGUAUGCUCCCUUGAGGAUAAGGUAAGGCCUAAUGAGGCUGUUCUUGUUUGUGCUCUGUCUGCUUGUGCUAAUCUUGGGGCCUUAGAACAGGGAAAUUGGAUUCAUGCUUAUAUUACGAGGAAUGAAAUUCGUGACAGUUCAAAUAUAUCUACUGCUCUUAUUGACAUGUAUGCAAAAUGUGGUAGAAUAGAUAUUGCACGAUUGAUUUUCAAUAGAAUUCCAAGACCUGAUGUACACAAUUUCACUAGUAUGAUAUCAGGUUUAUCAUAUCAUGGGCUUGGUGAGCAUGCCUUAACCGUGUUUAAUAGGAUGUUAAAUGAAAAUGUUAAUCUAAAUGAAGUGACUAUUAUAGGGGUACUAAAUGCGUGUAGCCAUUCAGGUCUGGUAGAAGACGGUUCGUCAAUCUUCUAUAACAUAGAGAACUUAUGGGGACUUAAACCUCAGAUUGAGCACUAUGGCUGUUAUGUUGAUUUACUUGGACGUGCUGGAUACUUGGAAAAGGCAGUUGAAGUUGUAAAGAGUAUGCACAUAAAACCUGAUAUAGUCAUAUGGAGGGCUUUGCUCAGUGCUUGUAGAAUCCAUCGUAAUAUUUUCCUGGGUAACAGCAUUAUAGAUUUUAUAAAGCAGCUUAACUCUGAUGGACCCAGUGGAAGUGAGGUACUGCUCUCUAAUUUGUAUGCAUCUCUAGGCGACUGGGAGAAAGUUUCCGAAGUGAGGAAAGCAAUGGGUCAUAGAAAGACCCAAUCGGACAUUGGAUGUAGUUGGAUUGAGGUGAAUGGUGUUGUUCACGAGUUUCGUGUUGCUGAUAAGCUACACCCACAGAUUUUGGAAGUUCUGAACAAAUUAAACGAAGUUUGGAUAGUGCUUUCCUAGAAGGCAUUAUUGCUAACACCAUGCAUACAUUCAUUGAGUGAGAGAAUGAGGAAGCAGCAGCUUGUCUUGGUGAAAAGCUAGACUUUGGCAUUUGGUUCCAUGAAUCUGAUUUCAGAAACUUAAAUUGGCAUAGUAUGAAGUUAAGAACUUGUUGCGACCGAGAGAUCCGUUUUUUAUAGUCUGUUUCUGAUUUUUAUACUUUUAGAAGAAGAAUUUUUCGAUGAUGACUACUCAUAGUAGUCAGUUCCGGGAAAGAUCACUUAUAUCUGUAAAGAAUGCUGAACAAAAUGGUCGUAGCUGAGCGUAAUCUUGUCAGGUUCCUAUCGUUUUCAUCUUUUAAUGAUUUGGAAUCUACUAUACCAGCCAACGGAAGGGCUUGCUUUUGAUAUGAGGUCUCAUGCAUAAGGUGCAGCAGAAAGUCAACCUCUUUAGAUAUGAUAUAUUUUUCAAUUGUAUGAGUUUCCCAGUAUAACAGAUUGAACGAGGGAUGGAAGGAUGUUCUGGUAUUUAAGUUAUGCACAGAACUAGACAACAGUAGAAGUAGAGAGGGCUGGAUCUCCUAUAAAUCAAUUAUAUUGGGAAGCUUAACGAGUGACAAUGGUCACAGUCCGACUGCUUUAUGAGUUCCCCUUAAUCUCUAUCUUCUUGAAUCUCUGUUUUGCUUUUUUUUCCCUUGAGCUAUAACACAUGUUUUCUGUGUAAUUUUCUGCAUUCCUGUCCAGAUAAACUUUGGCUUCUUUCUAGGAAUUCACACUGGAUACUGGGUUCAUUCUCCUUGUAAGUAAUCAAUGAAAAUGUGUGCACUUUUAUUUCUCCUAUGCUCUCUCUCUCUCUCUUAAUUUUGCUUGCUGACUCGUUUCCUCUUUUGUAUCACUCUUUAAUCAGUUACAGCAUAAGUUCUUGAAUUAUGUUUAUUGAUUUUUGCAUCCAUCUCACAUGACCUUAUUUCUUC